CAAAGUACCAUCUUACCAACCAAUGUUGUUUAAAUAAUAGCAUUUCACAGAUGUUCCUUGGAUUCCGAUUUUGUGUUUACUUCUUUUCAACACUUCUUGAAUGAGUAUAAUUAGCUGAAUGAUGUUUUACCAGCCAUAAUCUUAUGUAGAAAUAAUAAUUACUGUAGGUACCAGCAGAAAAACCAAAAGUUACGACGGUAAUGUUUCUACACGUGUGAAAACUGUAAUCAAGCCGGACGGCGCUCUGAGAAAAUGUUUUCCCCAAAAGAGGCGGCGGAGGUGUGCUAUGUACACGACAAGGAGUUUUGCAAGAUGUUCGUUCUAAAACCCGGGUUGGCACUCCCGGACGCCAACGCCAUGUACACCGAGCCCGAAUGGAAGUUAAACGAGUUCCAAGAACUGAAAACGUUGCUGAACCGCACCAAACAGAAGUUGAACGAUUUUGAUCUGGAUUCGUGGCACGUACAUACGGGCAAAAUGAAUCCGGCGGGCCAGGUGGUAAACCACGUGAGGAGGCACGUGCGCCCAGACUUCCUAACACAGGCUUGGUGCAAGUUCUACGAGAUCGCGUGCAGUUCGGACCUGGUAUCGUUGGACGAGAUCCGCGAGGAAAGUGGUACAUCGUUCACCAGCGUGCAUCUGUGCGAGGCGCCCGGUGCGUUUAUCGCGGCGCUCAACCAUUUUCUAGCCAUCAACCAUGAAGAGCUGCGGCUCGACUGGCUGGCGAUGACCUUGAAUCCGUACCACGAGUCUAACGGGCACCCGGACAUCGUGACCGACGACCGGCUGAUGCUGCACACGCUCCCGAACUGGGAAUUCGGUCCGGACUACACGGGCGACAUAUUCCAACCAGGGUACGCCGAACACCUGUACCGGACGGUGGUGGAGCGGUUUAGCGGAAAGGGUGCGUGGCUGGUGACGGCCGACGGGAGCAUUGACUGUUCGGAUGACCCCGGUGAACAGGAGACGGUCGUGUCCCGGCUACACGAUCACGAGACAAUGGUGGCGCUCAGCGUGCUCCGGGAUAAUGGAUCGCUGGUGCUGAAGGCGUUCACUAUGUUCGAAUGCAACUCUAUCUGCCGGAUGUUCCUGCUGUGCUGCUUGUUCCGAUCGGUAGUGCUCAAGAAACCGGCGACCAGCAAGCCCGGAAACUCGGAGGUGUACGUGGUGUGCAAGGGUUACAGGGGCCGGUCGGUGGCCAUGCCGUACGUGCAGGCGUACUACGCGAACGACCGGCAGUCGGACCCGGGAGGCGCCUCUAUGUUUCCUCUGUCGCUGGUACCGGUCGAGUUCAGGCAGCGACUACUUGAGUGUGCCGAGCACUUUGCGCACAUGCAGAUGCACACCAUCAACGCCAAUGUGGACGGGUUGCCGCGCAGGGAGGCGCUCUACCGUGAGAUGAAAUCGGUACAGGCGUCCAUGUGCCAGGAGUUCAUGUUGAGGCUCGGUCUGCGGUCGAUUCGGUACACCCAAGAGCUGACAUUCUUGUCGGUAAAUAACUUCAGCCACAAGCACAACUGGGAGCUGUUGCGGAUUGGCCGCAAGUCGCGUGGCAUGUCGUUCGCGGAGAAGACACGUAUACGGCACAUGGACGCGGGGCAGGAGGCGCUCGUGCUGUACCGGGAGGUGUACCGGUGCCACGAGUUGAGGAUGGCAAGACGGGACAUGGCGAGCGACGUGGUCUGGUACAGUCACAUGAACCUCAUAUACCGGCUACCGGAUGUAGCAUUCCGCAUGGGCAAACCGGUGACUGUGGUCAAGAAUUCCAAGUUUUGUAGCGAGGCGCUGAUACACUACAGGCACCGAGUGUUGUCCAGGUUUCCGCGGGUCCGUGAUGGCGUCGCCGUGGACGCCGAAUGCCGGCUGUCGCAUUACCGCUCAAAAAUCGACCGGCCACGCGCUAUCGUUUGUGAUCUGACGGACGUUUGUGAUGAAUACGUCUUCGACAACACCGCCCUACAGCACCGGUGCCUGGCGGCCAUCGUCGACGCGUUGCAGGCCCUUUCGGACGGCGACGAUCUGAUCAUCAUCGGCUAUCCGCUGUAUACGCAGUUGUCCGUUGCCAACGUAUACGCCGUGGCCAAGAUGUUCAACAUGUACGGCUUGGUAAAGCCUGACCCUCGGUACGGCCACGCGUUCGUGUUCCUCGAGUUCAGCAGUGCUCAUCACGGAGACUGGCUAUCCGUGUUGGUGAAUGUCGUCUGGCAUCUGGUGCCCAGCGAUCAUGGCAACAUGGCGCUCAUCUCGUGGAUGCCUUUCAAGGUGCUGAUCGAGCAAGAGGUCUACGGAGACAUCGUGGCCGUCAACAACUUGUGCAUCGUACACGAGAUCGAACCCAUUUUGCUUUCGGCUUCGAGCGCGGCUUAAUGCUCCUAAAUAAUUGUGUCCAGUCAAAGUUCGAUAAACUAAAGGCAAUGACAAACAGUAUAAUAUAUACAAUAACUUUUUAGGUCGGGGAAAGGUUUCAUUUAUACUGAGGUCUUGACGGAAAUUGAGUAUUCCCAGCGCAGAUAAUAUCUAUAUGUACUUACCUGUAUUAUGUACUUACAACUACGGGAACGCACAUUUUUUUCAUUUACAUCACUAUUAUAUUUUAAGUACCAAAUACUAUUACUGUCAUUAGAUAUUAUAAUAGUUUUAUUGAUUACUUAAGUUUAAAAAUUGUCCUAUUCUAUGUGAUAAUAAAAUGUGACCUACCUGAGGUUUUUCUCAUGUGCCAUUAUUCAAUUUACAAAUCUCACUCCAAGAUAAGUUAAAAUAAGUGGUUGUAAUCAUAGAUAUAUACAACAACAGCUACAUAGCCGUCUCCUUCUUAUCAUUGAAGUCGGCUGCUAAUUAUUAAGCAGGCAAUGCUUACAAAACAAUAUUAUCACAG